GAGAGGGGUACUAAAGGGACAAAGAGGGGAGCUGUCUCUCACAUCUCAUCCUCAGCAACAGGUUGUAAACGUCCUGGAAGGUCUUUGCUGUUUUUCUUCGUCCGUCAGCGUAAGUGUGAACUUUCACUUUUUGAAUAUAGUUUAACUUGUCGACCGAUUAUGUGAAGUAGUUUCGCAAGUGCCAAAGUUGUGUGUGAUAUUUAGAAAAACUUUUCGCAGAGAUUCAGUUUCGGAUUGCAUAUGACAUAUUUGUUUGCAAAAGUGAACUUAGUGACAAAGAUUGCUGUGUGACCGCAACAUUUUUUCCUCAAUCUAAACCUUGUGCUGAAGUUGUAGAUCUCUUUUGUCACUUUUUUGCUGCUCGGGGAUUAGCUGGCUCUUGAUUUUUGGUUUAUGCUCUCCAGAAUUGAACAAUAGUGCUUUACACUGUAAGACUUCUGGCUUUGACCUGAGUGAGAAAUACAUUCAGUAUGAGGAAUUUUGGGUUUUCCCCUGCAGAGACUUAUUGUUUGGCAUUGCUGCUCUUGUGCAAGACUUCAGGGGUAAAUAUCCACGCAACACCAUGUUCAAGCUGCAAAAGUUUUUGCCUGGUUCCUUAUUCCAGGUUUAAUGUUUAACUCUUUUUUCAAUUUUUUAUUUACUGGCUGCUUUAAGUAGAAAUAUUUUUUCUGUGGAAGAUCUGUGUGUAAACUGAGCAUUCCUCCGCAGGAAGUAGGUGUGUCUGCACUGGUUUUGUAAGCAGUUUCAUCCUCAAGACACCUUCAUGAGAGGUGCUCAUUUUUCAUAAAUCAGGUAAUGAGUCGUUGUUAGCAGACAGUCAGGAUGUUUGUUCUCCUAGGGCUGUUUGGAUGUGCCCUCUGAACCCUGAUGAGUUAAUCUGAAACUAUGAUUACUGAUCCCAUGACUCUGAAGCUGUAAGUAAAGACACACUGAAUGCUACAGGCCAUAUUACUAUAAAGUAGCUCUUUGCUUCUGCUGAAGUGGUUCCUUUCAUGAAAAGAUAAACCAGAUGUUUCAGAGGACCACAAAUGACGUCUGGUGCACUCCAGGGGUGUCCUUUCAAGCCUGUGCACUCUGCAGUUUGUUGGGCUGUUUCUAUGACGUCAACUUAGAAAGGCACCCCCUUACUCAAGACAUAGAGGUCUUCUUACUUUCACUGUCUCCCUCCCCUCCUUUUACUCCAGGAACAUUCCUCCCUCUGGGCUUUAGUCCCUCCCUCUGUUGACACUUUCAUGGUUUGCCAUGAAAUAUUAAGGUGGAGUCAACUUUUCCCUCUGACCCACAGUUGUUCAGCCCUCAGGCACACAGAUGAGCAGAUAAAUGAGAGGGGCAGCACCCACCCUGCGGGAGUCCACAUUUGCUCUCCAUUUGGCUGUCAGAGAGACAGAGACAGGAAGACGGACAGGAAUCCUUCUCCCAAGCAAAACAAUCUUGAUUCUAAUGCAACCCUGAAAAAAUCUCUGUCUGUUCACUCUCCCUGGCUCUUUAAUGGAUUUUCACUGUUUUCUGAGAGUACUGUAAAACUGUGGCGAGUUCUGCUCGUGAUUCACAAGCUUCUACUUGUGGUUACAUAGAGGCCGGUGAGAGGUUUGUGUAAGUCUGAUCAUGGCCAAACUAAACUGUUACAGCACAAGACUGUACUCUCAAACUGCUCACUCGUUCAAAUUAUGGAUAAAACUACCCACAUACCACAAAUUACUGUCUGCCAGUCUUUAGAUAACAGCCAGCCCACAAGUGAACUCUGUGGACUUUGCCGUGGAAGUCCAUCUUGUGCAGCAACACUUACGAGUGUAAAGCAGCAAAGACAACCAGAAAUUCAGAAAAAAAGGGUCUUUGCUAUUAAGGUGACAUUAAAUCACUAAGUGAUUAAAAAUAUAAUGAAUUGCUUUACUUUUGUGUUCUUUUGGGCUGUUUGUUCUGCCUACAGAUGAGCUGUUUAAGACAUACAACACCUAUAAUGGCUCCUAUAUAAAGUUUUCCCCAUUCCUAGAAGACCCGCAGUAAACAAAAUUAUGUUAGACCAAGCAGACUGUAUGUUUCAAAAUCAAUACAGUAAUUUUUAUGACCACUACAGAGAAACUACAGUACGUUACAGUUGUUCUUAGGUAAAUCUAACCGGACAUAUGUGGGAAGAUUAGAAAACACUUAGAAAACAGUCAAAAGUGAGUCAUUAUUUAAUGAGGCUAAAUACAGAGUCUGUAGGCGAACAUUGUCGGGGUGGAUUGCAAAUAGUGGUGAACAUAAGCAGAGCUCGCAGCUCUAGCCUUUGGUCUUCCUUACUUACAGGUAAACGUCUAAAUGCUUGAGCUGAUCAUGCAUUACCCAGGUUAGGUUAUAGUUGUAUGCCAGUUUAACCAGACGCAUCCAGCUUAACCUCCCUUUUCUUGAUCAAAUGACUUAUAUGCGCUUAUGUAAAUUGUAGCUCAGUAGUAGCUGAGUAUUAUUGCGUAUAGCAAUAAUGCAACAGAGCGUUAUACAGAGCUAUAGUCCUGGCUAGCGACAGGUGGCUGUGACGUAGCAUUUGACCAGAAUUUCAGGCCCACAAUAUUAAAAGUAUUAGUGAUUCAUUUAACUGACUACUAAUUAAUGAUAGUGACAUUGUUUAAUGUUUAAGUUGACUUAACGGAGACAUGUCUAAAUUAAAGCACCCAUGUGUAGUUAACCUGGUCAUGAAACGGACUGAAAUUGAAACUGAUGUCUCUUUGUGAUUUACAAAAGUAAGACUGAUUAUUUCUUUGUUGUUGUUUAUGCGUAAAAGAGUUGCCAGGGUAGAUGUCAAAGGAAACUAUUCUUUGCACACUGUUGAAAAAGCCGUUUAUUUUGUUAUUUUUCCAUAGAAAAGAUUCUUGAUUUGUGUUUGGCUUCUAGAGGAAGUAGGGCAGAUACUUUUGUUCACACUAUUUAUAAAUGUUCUGUACAGAUCAGCAAAUCCAUAAGUGUCUAACUGGCUUUUACUUGAUGAAGUCCUCUCACUUUAACUCUGGUUUGGAUCAAAUCAGCCUGUAAGAUCUUUUAUUAAUCAUGCCUUUGUUUUGUUUUUGUCUCUUCGUAGAUCUUUGUCCACCUCCAGCAUCAUGCUUCGCCUGGUCACCAUUCACUGUCUAGUUUCCACCCUAAUGUUAACAUGGCCGCUGUGCUACGCCCAGUCAGACUCUGGCACCCCAACCAUCCAGCUACGUCUAGCCGGGGAGAAGCGGAAACAUUACGAGGGUCGUGUGGAGGUUUUCUACAAUGGAGAGUGGGGGACAGUGUGUGAUGAUGACUUCUCCAUCCAAGCUGCUCAAGUGGUGUGCAGAGAGCUUGGUUUUAUUGAUGCCGAGUCCUGGUCUCCAUCAUCCAAAUAUGGAAGAGGAGAAGGUAAGAAAACUAGCACCUAAUUUAUUUCGAGGGUCUGCUGGGUUUCAGGGAUUUAAACUGAACAUUGCAAUUAAGAUUCAUUUUUUUUAAAUAUACAAUUAUAAUCAAGUUACCUUGUUGAGCAAGACUUGAGGUGACCAUUUGAUGCCGUAUGUGGACUAAUUCAUCAUUUUACCGACCACGUUCAAAAGCAGUAUAUGUAUUGAUACUAUAUUCAUGUGUUCAUGGAAAUCCUUAAAUGAGGUAUCCAUUCCCUCAAGUCACUCUGCUAGUAUCCACUGGCACUGGUUUUCCCAUUAGUGGAGGACUCAGACACUGCAGUCAGGUCUGAACAUGAGAGUCAAGGGGGGUUGGGUGGGGGAGUCUUAGUGGAAACACUGAUUGUGUAAACUAGACACCCACACAAAGACGUAAUCUUAACUCCCCUUACUCUGUCUUGUAUGAAUUCCACCAACACUGUAAAAACACUGAUGAGAUUGCAGCAGUAAAUGUGAUAGCUGCUGGCUGCUGCUGCUGCUGGUAAAUGUCACUUGAUGGCUGUUAAUUAACUCUGUGGCCCUUGUUAAAAGCACAUGUUUUCCCACAGGGUCUGCCACAUCCAGGCGGCCACUACAAACGCACAGUAAUUGAAUUAGCAACUUAUUUCCAGAAGCACAACAGUAUUUAGAGCAUUUCUGUAAUCCCACUGAUGCAUAUGCUCUUGCAUGAGAAAAAUAUUUACAAGAACAAUUAACAAGCAGUUUUAUGUAUAUGUCUGCACUGCCUGAGAUGACAGACAAAUGGUGGUACUGCUUUUAAUGUCGCGACUGUAAACAAAAAAGGGAAGGAUCCAUGUGCAGAACCAAAAAUGAUUUAUUCAAAAAAGAAAGAAAUAAGAAGCAACAAAAACUCACUUACAAAACAAUCCAACCAAAAGAAAUCCCAAAGUCAAAAACACAAGGAGCCAAAUCCAAGGAACAAAAAACCACAAGGAGACACUGGAGACACUGGAGUCACAAAGAGGCAUUGACAUACAUUCACACACAACACAAAAUGAACCAACCAAGAAACAGGGGAAGACAAGGGCACACAGGGAAACGAGCAACGAGAGGCAGGUGAGACACUAAGAUACAGGUGCAGACAAUCACAGAGGAGGGAAAACCGAGGAAGUAAAAUAAGACUAGAAACACAGGGAAUAAACUACUACAAAAUAAAACAGGAAACACUGAAAACUGAUAAGGAAUAAAACACUGAGAACACGAGGGAACCAGGUCAGACACAAACUGAAAACUCACAAGAAAGGGCUACAGGGGAACAGGAACAAUAGGGCACAGAAACACUAGGGAAAAUACACUCAAUUCACAGGGAAAAACUCCAUAAACAGAACAUAAUGUGACAUUCAAGAAAUAGAGCUUCAAAGUUGUGCAAGGGUUUACAAAUGUUUAUAAAAGACACUGAUGUCUUUUUGAAUAUCUAAUGUCGCAUUGAGAGGUGGGGCUGGAUGUUUAAUUUUGGUAUCCAGCGUGUUCUGACUAAGCAUGCAUCCUGUCAAAACCCAAAUUACCCACCAUGUUCUGGGUAAUGAGAAAUGUGCGCUUCGUGUUCUGACAAAUCGAUGUUUAGUUUGUGGGAGAAGUAUUAUGAAAGCCGUGUAUUUGCUGUUUAGAGCAGCUGUGUGUGAAUGUGAGUGGGCGGAAACAACUGUUGUCCAGGUUUUCUUGUUGCCGGUGGAGACACAUGGCCAUAAAAGUGAUCAAGGGCAUUUUCCAUCCACCAUCAUAAUGUCUCAUGUGCCAGUGAAAAUAAGCACCAAAUGCUUCUAAUUGAAGACAUCACUGUAUAACUAGUAGGAGGACAUCCUUUUGGAUGCACAGUGGUUUUCCUGCUGGCGUGUUCGUAUCUGUCCCUCAGUCGCCUCUACACAGUUAUGAUUUGCAAGUGUAACAAGAUUUGUGCAAUGUGUAAAAAUAACAAGGUGGGAAACAGGACCGACUGCUCCGAGUUUAGAUGCUUGUUGCGAAGAAAAUAAGAGCCUACUUUUAAAAAGUCAUGGCUUACUAUUAACUCUCCCCACCCCUUCUUUUUCUUGUGAAAGUGUGUUCGUGGAUGGCCUUUGAAUGGUAGUUUAAACACAGCACAGAAACUGGCUGGGUGAUUGUUUAAAAAAAGGUGUACUAUGACCAAGCUGGUUCAUACUUGGAAACUCUGCAGUAUGAUGUUCCAGAGAAAUUAACUCUCAGCGAGGGACAGCAAAGUGACAGUGUAAAAUGAAGUCAUUCCUUAGUAUGAUCAGGGUUUUCUGUGGGAACGUGCCGAGACCUUCAGAAUGAUGAGCAGUCCAUUAGUUGUUUCCAUGACAACAGUCCUGCGGUUUCAACCCCCCUUCAUGUCUGAGUCAGGAUGGACAGCUGGACAGCAGAUGAACGCAUUACAACAUUAACUUGGCAGGUUAUGGCUGGAAGAAUGAGUCAGUUUAUGUUGGAGACCAAACACAUCUCCACGUGAGUAGGUUUACCGUUCCUUUGAAUGGAUUUCAGUGGAAAUGCUAAAACAGUUUUCAAAAGUUGGUGAUGCUCAACUUGUACCUGUUAAAGCAUAACUAAUAUCCCAUCUGUAUUUUCUCACGAAUUUAUCCCUUAGACAGAGAAGGUACCUGAGACUGGGGCUUUAUCCCCAUUUAGAGAAGGAUAUGAUUUAUGAGAGCGAGUGUCAGUAACAGAUUCAACAUGAAGGCCAAACAGCUGUCCUAAACUCCAGCGUGUAAGAACUCUUGUGUAACAUAUGUGUAACUUAAAACCAGCAUUAAAAAAAGAAGCCCUACAGUAUGAGAAAGCAGCAUACAGCCUUAUAUCAGAGUUGAAGUUUACAAUAAUAUCUAAUAUUUAUACAUCUGUUUUUAGAAGAAUGUUUGGUGACGUUUUUAGAUUUCUCUUUUGACCUUAUCAAUAAAUCAGCGCUGUAGCAUUCAACAGAUCAAAGUAAAACCAGCAAAGCAAAAUCAAACCGCUUAUUCAGUCUGCUGCAAGAAAGUUUGAUCAUAUUAUGUAUGUCUGUGCUUCUCACUCUUCAGGCCACAUCUGGCUGGACAACGUGCACUGCACUGGUGGAGAAAAGAGCCUGGCUCAGUGCAAGUCCAAUGGCUUUGGAGUGACUGACUGCAAGCAUUCAGAGGAUGUCGGAGUGGUGUGCACCCAGAAGCGCAUUCCUGGCUUCAAGUUCAUCCGGAACCAGGCCAACAACGAUGAGGUAGGUUUUCACAGACAAACACACUCACCAACAAGCCUGCACUCAGUUUACCCAUGCCUAUAUGCAAAUGAACUCACAGAAGUGCAAAGACCAAGGUGGGGUUGCUUUAUUAGAUAAUCGAUAACACCCCAGUAGCAACUACACAGGGUUCAAGUACACACAGGCAAGGUUAACAGAUGUUAAGAACAAUAAAAAAUGGAAGAAAGGAUAGGCUUUGGGUGAGGGAAAGAAUUUCAAAGGGUGCAGACAUCGCUUCAAGCACAAAGAAGUGAAAUACUUUCUUUGAAUGCUUCCAACUUUCCAGUCUGAGCCAGACAGAUCAGUGGGCUGGAUGUAAUGUCUGUCUGUAGAUAUUAUGAGCAGCAAUUUAAAAUGAUGAAACCGGUUCUGAUCAAAGACGCAAAACGCAUCAUGUAAAAUAUACAUAAUGUAGAUCUAUUUAAACUGGCUACAUAACUUUUACUCCACCUGGUCUUGGAAAACAAAUGGGCAUAGGACAGGAUUUUGUAAUCAUCUUUACAUACAGUUCAUAACAUUACCAGAGGGAUGAAAGAUAUAUUAAAUUCAACAAACCAUUCUUGUUUAUUUUCAGUUAUGAAAAUGAAUGGCUCUUGCUCUGAGUUUCGUAAAUUAUGUUGUUAAAUGUCAAAUGUCAUGUUUUUAUCCGUCUUCGUAUUCAUUAGUGGUAGGACAGAUAUAAUCAGUACAAGCAAGCCACUGAUCGCUUUAGCUGUAAAGUUGGCUAGCUAGACAACUUAUUGCCUGUUGAAUUCAGUGAUGUGAAAAAUCUCUGUGUGUUAAACCCUUUAAUUUGAUUAAAAAUGGCUCAAUUAGUGCUGAUUCUAACAUAUGUACUAAAUGAGACAGCAAGUCCUUCAUAUCUGCCAUGACAUCAAGCCUGUGAAAGAGUCACCCUGCAGCAUUCAACUGUACACUCCAAAAUGUGCACUAAUGACUUUCCCAGGCUCUUAUUAGUCCGACCCUGCAGACCCCUACUUUGCAGUCUGGAAGAUUUUUGGGAUGACUCACAGAGAGGGAAGACCGUCCUGUCUCGCUGCAGACAAACUCCUUUGUACCGGAUGGAAAGUCAGUGUGGGUUAGCGUACGUGACUGGAGAUAAGGAGAGAGGAGAGAAUAGGGGGUUUUCUUCAGCCUGUCAGAGAGAGAGUUAUUAAAACACUCUGCCAUGAAGAGUUUCCCUAUUAAAUCCAGACUGAGAGAGAUGAAGCAACAGUUCUUUGGCUGCUUGCAAGAUAGUAGAUGAUUUACCUCUAUGGAUGCUUUCAUAUGAAGUUUGCUUGCUUACAUUGGAAGUUUGACUACGUUACCAGACUCACUACAAGAACAGUGCCUUUGUUUUUCUCACUGGAUUCAAUUAAGACAACACGCAUCUGAAAUCCAUGUGUUGCCUCUCUGUCUCAUGCCUAAUGUGUCAGGGGAACAAAGAUGACGAGAGAGAGUUUUAAAUCCUCAAUGAUAGACAACUGAAAUGGAUUCACAGCAUUCUUAAUUUUACGAGCAAUGGGUGUCAGCAGCCCCUUCUUGUUCCCUGUUUGCUUUGUGCAUUUAGGGUCUCUGGUGUGUUAGUGCAGUAAGGUCCCACACCCUGUAAAUAUUUCCUUGGUCUGGUCCUUGCCUUUUAAGCGGCAGGGGAGGGAAUGGUAAAACGUGCAGCUACACCUCUUUAACCAUGCCUGAACUGACGUAAGCAAUGGGCAGCACUGUUCCUUUAAUCUGUUUACUCACAGCAUGAAUUGACAUUUUGUGCUCUAUCUGGGAAGUUAACACCCUUACUGAGUGUGCCCACAGUCCAAGGAAAGGUCAGUGCUAAAAAUGUGGAGUCACUGUUAUUUUUUACUCCUCUGUGAAUGCUUUUAGCUGAGAGAUGAUAAAUAUUUAUGUCUGAAGUGCAAUGUCUCUACUUGGGGUUCUCACUGGCUCUGUUGUGUCUGUAUAUAUUACAAGAUUCAAGUACCUGAAGAGAGGUAGAAAGUUGAAUUACAGGGAAUUAUUUCAAGGAUGCAGGUAGUAUUUUUACACAAAGUUGUGGUAAAUGUUUUUCUUAUAAAGUUACAAUUUGUUUUUGUGAGGCAAACUACUUUACUGUAUAUGUGAAUAUGAACAGAUACAGAUACAGCUUUAACUACAAACAACAGUCCUCUAGAAACAUCAGUCUUUCAUUAAUGACAACAUCUGCAUCUCCUGGCAAGAGGUGCAACUGAGGACAUUUUACCUCAUGAGCCAAAGUUAUAUGAGGAUACUACCUUCACAUAGUAUGCAGAGACUAGCAGGUAUCCUGGAAACUAAUUCCUUAGUCCCUUUCUCUGUUGCUCGAAGCUCUUGUUAGAGUUGUCAUUUAACCUUUGACCUCCAACCUCGGCUUUGUUGAAACAAAAUCAGUCUUGAAGCUGUCUGCUAUGAUCCCCGCUCUGAAGAGAAAAGCCACAUCUCUCACCAUCUCAACAUCUGUCAGCUUGUUAUGCAACUCUCCCGACAAAGCGAAGGAACAUACAUUCCCGGGUGUAUCAUUGUGAUAAAUAAUGUUUCUUAUUUUAUCAUGCAGCGUCUAAUUCUCCAAAUGUUGAACAAGCCAUCCCUGAAAUCUGUUCAAUCUGAAACAAUGGGAGUCUUAAUUUAUCCUAACCAGUUUCUUUGUUAACAAGCAUGUGUUUGUGUCAGAUGCAGUCUGUGAGUCAGUAGUUGGGGGGUUAGAUUCAUUGGCAGCACCACUUAGUAAGGAGCCAGGAAACUUUUGUUUAUCAUCUGUUUGGGACUUUUCAUCCAACUCUGCCAUGUUCCAUUAUUGUUCACGUGUGAAUGGCAUACUGCACGUGCCACCAGUGCUGAAUGCAUCCCCAGAAGAUGCUUCAGAUUUCAGUCUGUAUGUGUGAGAUGUUUAUAAGAGUGGGUGAUGUGUCAUUAAAGGAUAAUUAUAGGCUUGGGGUUUAAUAGGAGUUAUCCCGGGCCAUCUAACUCAGCGUGAUUUCCUAAAAAGCUGUUGUUUGCUGGUGUUGCGUAAUACAUUGUCUCCUGCAGAAAGGAAAUUUUCUGUGGGAAUUGUCGCUAAGGUAAGCAUAGUUCACUUUUAUCUGCCCCCUUUUAAAUAAAACAAUCCAUGUCUUUUUGUGUAAACCAUUGCGAAUUUGAAGUCCAGAUAAACCCCCCCAAAAGCAGCUGCAGUUACGUGGCAGCAGCUCUUAACCACAGCCAAACACUUAGAUCUAGAGUCAACACAAAGACGUCAACAGCCAGUCGCAACAACAGAACGCAGCACUGAAACGCAUUUUCAUUCCUUGCGCAUCUACACAGGGCAAAGGUUGCACUUCUCCAUGAGGCAUGACAGUCUCCUCUUACAAGAAUUCAGUUCCUCACACUCACUGCUGAACAACGAAAAGGAAACCCGAGCCCAAACUUGGAUUGUCCUCCCACACAAUGUAUGCAAGGGGCUUGUGAGGGAAGAGGGGCUGAGGGGAGAAAAGGUUGAUGUGUGUCUGGAGGCUUAAAGCCAGUUUCUCUUCUGUGGAUAAAGUAGCAGACAGUUUCCCCACAUGUUCAACAGCUGGAUCCCAUUGUGGCCUCAGCUCUGCUUUAAGCUGCAAAAUGCCCAAAAUCCAGUCUUAUAUCAGUCAUACUUUAACUUUAUGGGCCCCUAUUCGUACAUUGUGUAGUCUCAUACCCAGAGAACAUGCGUAUUAAAACUAAAGCUUUAGAUAUUACAUAAAUACAUUUUUUCAAUUAAUCUGCGCCUGGCCAAAAUAACUUUUUGAAAUGUUUUGAUUUAAAGGCGCAACUUUACAACUCCAGCACACAGUGAUAUUUCAACAGAGAUCAUAUAAGCUAAAAGAAAACUACUUUAUGGAAAUAAGUCACUGAUGUGUUGAUGGCAAGAUGAGAAAAUUGAUACCAUUCUCGUCUGUGACCAAAUGAAGCCAUGGGGUUUAUGUGCUGUAUCAUGAUGACUGUGAGCUUUCUCUCACAGGCACACAUUUUCAGGAAGUGUUGUGUUUAUGCAGGAAAUUUUCUGUCAUGAAACUCUGUGUGAAGCUACAGAUUGUUGCACACAUUAAGAUGAAAAGCUAAAAGAAUUUAAAAGGGAAUUUAAAAGUCUUUCAGUCUUGAAGCUAACAGUGCUUCAUCUCAUAUAGUGAGUCAUGGCACUCAACAAGAAAGUCAUCCAUGCACUGCUACUUGCUCUUCUUUCUGCAGUUAUGAUUAUUUUGGGAUAAUAAAUCUUGUCUUUUAUUCUGUAAAUCAACUUAUAAAUAUGAAGUGAAUGAAAACCCCUUAUCACUCCUCUAUGAGCCAAACUGCAGUACUCUUUGAUUAUUACUGACUACACUGUCCAGCAGGUUCAGAAAUUUCACUUAAAAGUUUUGUGUUAUUACGACAAAGUAUUAGGGCCACAUUAAGAAAACAAAAAUUUAAGACUUCGAGAUUAAUUUACGAGAAUAAAGUCAUUACUAAUGAGAAUAAAGUCGUAAUAAAGGAAUUACUUAUGAGGGUAAAGUCAGAAUAAAGUCCUUAUAUUCUAACCUGUUGUUUAAGAUGACAGUUGUUGAAAUGAGAGCCAUGGAGCAUUUCAUGAAAAUGUACUUCGAUAUAGGUUUCUCAAACAAGGAGAUACUUCAUCUUUUGGCACAUCAGUAUCACAUUAUUAUAAGUAUUAUAAUGAUGUUAUUAUGACUUUAUUCUCAUAACUAAUUACUGUAUUAGACUUUAUUCUCAUUGGUAAUGACUUUAUUCUCGUAAAUUAACAACUUGAAUCUCAAAGUAUAAAUUUUUGUUUCUUAGUGUGGCCCUAAUACUCUGUUGUAUGAUAUAAAAGUUGAUAUCAAAUUAAAAUGGUUUUUCGCGGACGAGGUUUGUGUGUGUGUGUGAGUGUGUAGGUUUGUUUUUAUACAGGUGUGAUCUACCUGUUAUGAUUAUUUAUGUUUCCUUCCUUCAUGGACACGGACAUUGCAGCACUAGGCUUGCUAAUAGGUAUUCCAGAUGCAACACACACACACACACACACACACACAUACACUAACACACACACACACACGUACACACGUACACAGUCAAAUCAGGCACACUGGGGGCCAUGAGUGGGGUGGAGCAGAUGUGAAAGUCAUUUCAAAGAGCCUCGCUGUUCUCCUGCUUUUUCAUCUAAACUGUGGACUGAUUAUCAUUUGUACUGAAUGUGUUUUGCAGAGUGGGGUGGGGUAGGUGGGUGUGUGGGAGGGGUGUGGAUGGGUGGGGGCACGUGCAGAUAAACGUGCGGCGCGGCUGGGAGGCUGAUUAAAGUGGAAGAAAUGCACAGUAGUGGAAGCAUUAGUCAGACACUGGCUAGACCGCAGGCUCAUGUUCACACAUCUACUGAGUGAGGGAACCCAGUCAGAAAAACAAGUCUGCCGUCCGGUUGGAAAACAUUCAGUAAUGGUCAAAGCUCACUUCACAGACCGGUAAUGAAAAGAAUGAAUCAAACAAUGUUUUUCUUUUUUUGGACAACACGAGACCAUGAAUGUGUGACUUUAAACAAUAGUUACAACAUUUAUUUACACAAUGAGGUAAUGACGAGUGUGUUCAGUGUGGCUUUUUCACUAUUCAAUAUUCUCACCGCAGCCAAUGAUGCUGCAGUCAUCAGACUAAACAUUUAAACAAGAAAUACUAGUUAUUAAGGAUAUUUUCAUACUGGGCAGGGCUGUACUUUAGAGGGAGUGCUCUCAUAAUGAAUCACUCACUAUAGUGCAGCAGCACACAGGGGAUGACUGUAAGAUCAGCUAACUUUAAAUGCUCAAUAAAGAAUCAGCUUCAGCUUAAAUCUAUGAACUGUAUAUAGAGGAGAAAAGCCAAGCCACAGUGGCACAUUUUGGUUUUACACAACUUUGACAGAGAGGAUAUUUUGUUUAUAUUACAAAAGUUCAGAAGGUUUCUUAACUUCUUAGUGACCCUAGCUUGCUGUUUGUACUUCUUUCCAGUCUUUGUGCCAAGCUAGUUUAAAUUUCAGCUGAAGGUAUGCUUCAUAUUUGCCAUGCGGUGAUAAGCGAUAUAUGUCUCCUCAUGUAAUUCUAGAUAAGAUAGCAAAAUAUUUCCUAGAACAUUGAACUGAUUCCCAAGAUUUUAUUCCCAGAAGCACUUUGUUAUGUGAGUUUUCCAAGUAAAGUUUCAAGUGUCUUUCAGUCGUGGCAGGUGAGAAAAUAUCUUCAUGUUUCAUGUUCUUUGUUUUUCUCAGUUACUUUCUACUUCUCCAGCAUUUUUCCUCAAAGAAAGCUAAAAAAGUGACCGGUGUGGAGAUUAUUUGAGCUUGUGCCAAACUGGAUUAUGCUGAAUUUAUGUCUAAUGGUCUGAGUUUGGGGAAAUGUCUGGACUGAUCCCAGCUGUGGGAGGGUGUGGGUCGUCGCUCGGCCUCACGUUUAGACAGGCAGUUUCCUCUGUCUGAGCCAAAUGCAACACUCGUCAAAUGUAUCUCUGUACCCCAUUUCAAUCUCACCUUGUUCCUCCUGGUCUGUCUGGUGUUUUAGUCUCACACCUGGCUUCAUUUUGAUUACUCAGGUUUUCCAUUUGGUCUUGUGCCUUUGUAUCAGUCUCUGUGUGUGGUAUUCAAGUUAAUUUGUUGUUUUUAGUGAGCUUUGUGGUGUUUAUGUCGAUAGUUUAGAUGGAUGUUUUGAAGCUACUAACACCAAAGCACUGAGAUAGGGUUAAAAAUUGAGAACAUGAGAUCCCUGAUCACGGUCACGUCUCCUCACCUUCUCCUCCUGCCAGCACAGACGGAAAACACUCUGUCAUGCUAUGGCCUGCAGGAAUGUGUUCAUGAAAGAGUGGUUUUUACCCACUCUAACCGCUGCGGUCAGAGGGAGGACGGGGGUCACUGUAGAAACAGUCUGACUUAGUCUUGGUUCCUCGUGUGCUGCAGUCUUUGGCAAACUGAGACCUUGGAGCCUUAAACAUUCCCUCAGGCUGACGCCAUCUCAGGAAACCACCCUGUGGGCAAAGGUUUAAUAUUUCUGCCUGGAUGUAGAGCCUUUUUUUGCAGCAGUGGAGAAGCAGGCUGUGUCAGCAUUUGCAUGCCACAGAGCAGAGUUUUGGCUCUUUUCGGCACCCACGGUGCAACCUCACACCCAGCCAGGAACUAACUGGAUAACUAGGUGCUGGGAGGGAAAUGAACAAUGGUAGAGUUAUGGGGUAGUUGUUUUCCCAUUAAACUGUGGGGGUCAAAGGUUGCCAUUCCUUACUGAUUUAGGGGUCUUCAAGACACAUGAUAGCGUACCAACUGUGGCUGGUGGCCCUGAUCUGACAAACGGGCUUUACAGCUAGCUUUAUAGUAGACUGUGGACCACCCGCAAAUUCUCGCCUUACCUGAACUCUGUCAGAACUUACUGUCUUUAAAACUUGAUUUAUUACCAACAUGUUCAGGAGUUUUGUUUCUUCUUUAACUUGAUCUAUCAGUGUUCUCUUUUUCUGCUCAUCCAAGUUAUCUUAGAUACAGGCGAGAAUUUAAGUCCCAGUUGCUUUAACACUUAGGUAAAAGCAAAAGACUCGUAAGACUAGUUUUAUUUUCCUCUGAUUCAUCUCAGUAUUGCAGAGAUGUUUUAGACAGUGAUGCUUCACUUUGUACCUGAAACCUGAAUUGUUCAUCUGAACUUCAAGCUCUAAAAACAGAGAUGGCAGAAAAAUUCCAGAGAUUCGUGAACCCUCCCAAGGCUCAGCCACCCUCAACAAGUUUGAACAAGGAUUUUAUCCGCUGAUUUUUUCCAUUUUUCUUUGUGUAUCUUUAAACACAUGUGCAAACUUUGCAGGCCCUGAAAGGUUACUGAAGGAUUUCUUUUUUUUCUGCAGCAUGUUUCCUUUUUCUUACAGUACACACCCGGUUUGUGACUCAUAGGCUGUACAGUAUUUACAAUAAAUCAAGCAGAACAGUUAACGGGAAGUACAAAUAAAGCGACAUCCUCUCAAUAACAUUCCUGUAUAUUGGACAGCUCAGAAUUCAACUGAGAUUACAUUCACUGAUUAUGCAACUUUGUAUAUGAAGCUAUAACUCUCUGUCAGUGUGGUUUAUAAGAAAGUUGAGUGCGUCACUGCACGUUUGCAGGAACAUGAAGAAAGGGGAAAAGAAUGAGUUACCAAAUUCAUCCUGCAGCAGUGUCAAGAAAGAUAAAAAUACAGCUGCAUACAGAUAGUGGCUGACUGAUGCUUGUACCUGAUGUUGUGAAUGAAAUUAAAAGUACCUCUAAAACAAAGAAAUGAAUGAAACUACAGUGUUUUGUCUUCAGGUUUCCACAGAUAUUCCACAGAUGAAAAAAUCGUAUCGAAAUUUCUAAACAUAACUGUAAUUCUGAAUGAUAAAACAUUUCUCCUGCUGUGCUUCUCAGGCUCUGACAGUGCAGGUUGAGGAUGUGAGGAUCAGAGCCACUUACUCUCACAGGAAAAGGAUUCCCAUCACUGACGGCUUCUUGGAGGUGAAAGAUGGAGGCAAAUGGAGACAGAUCUGCAACGAAGGCUGGACAGAGAUGAACACCAGGGUCAUCUGCGGCAUGCACGGCUUCCCUGGGGCCAAACGGUUAAAUACCCGACCCUACAAGUGAGUGAUGGUGCCAGGACAGAGUUGUUAACUUACCAUUGUACAAGUCUUCAAUAAGUUUAUUUCUCUAAGUAGCAGUAGGUUGGGUUACUUAGUGUCCAGGUGAUAGAAAUAUAUCAAUGAUCAUUCUUUGCUUACAUAUGUGUGAAAAAAAAAACGAUGAUAUCACUCUUUUUACGUAAAAAUAUUACAUUUGAUGGAAGGUAUGAUUAGUGUAUGUUGAUUUUAAGCCUUAGCCUGUUUAGGUCUGUUCAGCUGAAACAAACUUAUGUAACCACGUUUGUUUACACUAGUCAUCACUCAUCUCCCCAUCCACUCUGCACACCGACAUAAAACAGACUCAAGCAUGAAAAUUCUUGACCGAAAGCCAGCUGCAGUCUGAGUUUUUAGAGAAUGAAGGAUGGGACUUUCUGGGAAACGACUUGCUGCACUACAGUAAAAAACAGUGGCUCUUUUGGCUUUAUCAAACUAUUUCCCCCUGAGCAGGAGUGUGAACAUGCUGUCCUUGUUAAAUAUCAAAACCAUGUAGCCCAUUACAAAGCCAGCUUUUUCCUAGAACUCUUGUCCCCUUAUGUUUAUUUUGGUAACAUGGGCAGCCGAGUUCAAAACAACACAGAUGCGGACUGCAAAAUACAAAUACCAUAUGAGGAAGUUUCUUGGUCUAGUCGCUGCAUGAAAGAAGACAGCUUGUUGUUCUUUAAAAUAGCAAUGUCUAAAAUUCAAAUCAGAUCUUGAAAAGAAAUGUCUCCCUGCACUCCAUGAAGAUUGAGGCUUAGGUGAAGGGCUGCAUUUUCAUUAUUAUUUUUAAUUAGAGGAUAGGUUGUCCAUAAAAGUUGUUGAAAAUGCUUCUUACAAUUACUUAGAGCCCAAACAAUAUCCCGAAGUUGCAUGUUUGACCAACAAAUGAUACAAAACCCAAAUAAAUCACUUUUACCAUCUGCCAUGACAUAAAAAAGCGGAAGACGCUCACAUUUUUGCUUGAACCAGCAAAUCUCAACACUUUUUUAUUCGCUCAAAAGUUGACUUAUACAACUUACUGAUUAUCCAACUUAUUGGUAGAUCAAUUACAUAACAACAUCUACAUAACAAGUAAACUCAGUAAUUACUGUUGCUUUGGUUCGACGGUCAUUAAAGUUUACACAAUUACAUGAGUUUAUGUCGUUCAGAAUACACAUCCAGUCAGCGUUGGUCUCCCGGAGCUUCAAACUCACCACUGUUAAAUCUAAACCAGACAUAAGAAUUAACUCUUAAACACUGAGUCAGUGGAAUAAGUAUGUAUCCAAGGUUGUAACUUUAAUGUUUUAGCUUUCUGUAGCAUGAAGACAAAGGAUAAGAAGCUGACUUUCAUUAGAAAUGUUUCUACAUUUUAAAGUUUUGGAAAUCACUAUCUUAUUUGAUUCAGCUCAUAAAGUACUUUUUGGCAUGUAAGGGUAGAAAAAAAAAGUAUGAGAUGCAGCAAACCAACAGAAAACAUCUUUCAUUUUGUUUUUCACAUUUGUAAGCAUGUCGUGUUGUUGCUAUGGCCCUGCAGGGCUCCACUGAGGAGGAAAACUAUCUCAUUGAGUCAGUAUUUUAUCUGCAAAAGGAUCUCCUCACUAAACAAAGCAGAGACAGCUCCACAAAAUUAAAACCUCUGAAUCAAAGUUGGCACCUCUUCAAAUUUAACCAACCAUAAAUAGUUCUUGUUUUUAAACUGUCUUAGUGCUUCAUUCUGUUUAGGGCAUCUGGAUAAACUGCAUGAGGGGCUGUAAAUGUGGCUCAUGCUGCUUUCAUUACAUGGUCUGCUUCUUUUGAGGCUCAGACCUGAUGCAAGCCCCUCUGUUGUUGGGGUCUUCAAUGACCCUAAGUUGAUGGCUUCCAAACAAGUACAGGGGUCAUGGGAAUGUUAAGGUAUUCUCACAACAAUUACCCCAUUGAGCUUGACCAAAAGGAUGAGCAUUGUUCUUUACACUUAAUGACUAAAAGCCUCACCCCCCUAUUGUACAUUUAGGUAACACUUUACUUGACGCCUAUCUCUACAACGUAUUAUAAAUAUAUGUAUAAUGUGUUAUAAUCCCGUUAUAGCACUGUAUAACUUUUACGGUUAUUAACACUCAUAAAUGAUCAUAAUGCUUUAUAGCAAUAAUCAAUAAUUACAAUAAUCACAUAGCAAUAAACACAUUAUAAAGCAUUUUAUCAUGACUUACAAGGUCAGGUAUUAUAAUGUGUUAUAACUAUAAACAACUCACUGACAAUGCCCACAUAGAUAAUGCAUUAUAUAUAUAUUUAUGAUGUGUUAUAAUUUGCUCAUAAACUUUAAUAACUAUCAUUAUUAACACUCAUUGAUUAUCAUGAGGCUUUAUAACAGUAAGCAUAACACCAUAUUUUACCAUAUUUUUAAAACUAUAUUAAAAAAUUCAUCACUUCACAUUCAUACCUAACCAUCGACAGAUCAAGUCAAUCCAAUCCAAUCAGUAACAAGCUGCUCUGAAAGCUCCUCUUUGAUGCAGUGGCAUGUUCUUGUGGAAAACUCUCAACAUCUGAGUCGUAAAAGAGAGGUGAGCCUUAAGUGUUGGAUAACAGCCUCCCAUCUGCUCUGAAUGCAUCAAAAGGAGUACUUUAAAAAAAAAACACGUGCUGCAGGAAAUCCAUGCCACAAUGACAUACCAUCAGAUAGCCAAAAAACGACAGAGAUGAUUCAUGUCCUCUGUGUUGGAUGUUCUCUCUGAGGCAGUCUGCACAUUUUGGCUUGAUCUGACACACAUGGGAACUUGAAAGACUGAAAAAAUGUUGGUCAUUAAUCUUCAAAGAAUCCUUUCUGGUGUUUGCAGUGACUUGUUAACACACACACAGAAAAAAAGCGGUUUUAUUUAUCACAAUUUGUGCUUUCCUUUUCAGAUUGCUGGCCAAGCGCCGUAAGAAGAACUACUGGGGUUUCUCUGUCAACUGCACAGGAAAUGAGGCUGACCUCUCUGAUUGUAAGCUGGGCCGAGAGAUCGAGCUGAAGGGAAACCUCACUUGUGAGCAUGGCAUGCCUGUAGUGGUCAGCUGUGUGCCUGGACGUGCCUUUGCUCCCAGCGUCAGUGCAGGCUUCAGGAAGGCUUACAGGGUGGAGGUGGGUCCGAUUGCGGACACUACUUUUCUUCAGAGAAACAUAUCAGUUAGCUGUUUCUUUGUAUCAGAAAACCUGAGUGUCUCCUCUUAGAUAAAGGGCAGUGAUGUAUUAUUUUAAGAUAAACUCCCUGCCCAGCACAAAGUGUUGGCCUUUUGUGAUCCAACAUCUAACUGAAAACAUUCAGCAGGCUGCCUCACACUUUGGUUGUGCCAUAUGGACAGUGUUAAUCUCAAACACUGCAGAUGUUCAUACCAUCUGAGAUUUUUUCUUCAAGGUUAGAUCUGGAUGUUUACACAAGAAAAGCUGCUUAAAGUUAAAUGUCCAAAUCAAAAUCCGUUUAUCUUGUAGAUAUGCUGUUGAGUCAUUUUUUUACAUUAGGAAAACCACAGCCCUUUCAAGAGAAACACAGGGUUGAGUUAGUAGUUCAGUUUCCCGUAAUCAGUAGUAGAUAUAAGUCCAUUGCUGGCUUACAACAUCGCCUGCUAAUGACCAAGAGGUCAUGUAGACAAGCAUCUGGAGACACUUAAAUGGAUGAACACUAAACAAAUGCCAUGUUUAAAAUCAAAACAUCAUUUUCUAAGACUAUGUUUACUGUAUAAAUUAAGUUGUCACCAAGAUAAACACCUUUUUAUAUUCCAGUCAGCAAAGCAUUAAACCAUGUAAACCAAGUUGCACAUACUUAACUGAAGUUAGUCUAAAUAGUCUUAUAGUCUAAAUACUGCAUUCAAGUUAUUUAUUAUGACUCAAGUACAGUUAAAGUGAUAAGGCCAUCUGCUGCUGUAGAAAUAUGCAAAAGUAACCGUUUCCUUUAAAAUUCAUCAACUCAGACUGUUUACUGACUGUUUUUCACAGCAACCCUUGGUGCGCCUUAGAGGGGGAGCUAUGAUCGGUGAGGGACGAGUGGAGGUGUUAAAGAACGGAGAGUGGGGGACUGUAUGUGACGACAACUGGAACAUUCGAGCGGCCACUGUGGUGUGUCGAGAGCUUGGAUUUGGGAGCGCCAAAGAGGCCUUGACUGGUGCCCGACUAGGACAAGGUAUGCACGGAUCAGUACUGCUGUGUAUAGUCAUUCACUGAUAUGUGUUAAGUGUGCUGCAAUAUGAUUAUAAACUGAAGAGAUAUCAUUAUGUUUUCCUCAGACUUGAAAUUGAGAUGAAUAUUUUCUAAAAGGAGAUUCAUAAUUUAAAAAUAGAAAAAAAAAGGGCUGUCCUGAUUGAAAAGCUUUGCAGGUGUUUCUGGCUGCCAAAUCCUCAAAGGGAUAUUCUGGCGUAAAAUUUAUUUAGGGUCAAACACACUGUAACACCAAGUUAGACACCCCCUCGAGAGAUGAAUUUUGCUGACCACUUGCUUCUCUGGUUAUACCAACUUUAGUAAAGACUGCACGAUAACAAUACACAGCGGUCUGAGGAGCCAUCAACCAAACCUCAACCAAAACGCCACUCUAUAGCCACAAAUAAUGCUCAGAACAGCACCUAACUUCAUCAACGGUACAUAUAGGGUCUUAGCCACAGCACUAGCCAUCAAACAUCUUUUAAGCUUUGCCUAAUUUCUAAAGCAAAGAAACUAAACACAACUCACCUAAUUUCUUCCAGCGGCCGCUUGUUUGUAGCAAGACCUCAGGACAGUCCAUUACAGACUGCUGCAGGGAGACGCAGCUCAAGGAAGAACAUUUAUGAUCAUUUCUAAAUGGAAAUGCAAUCAGACCAAGACACUAAAGGCAGAAGGACUACCAUGUCUGCAGUGCAACAUGAUUAAUAUGGUGAUUAUUACGUCAAGGAAAUCAAUCAAUCAAUCAAUCAAUCAACUUUAUUUCUAUAGCACAUUUAAAAGAACCACAAGGGUAGCCAAAGUGCUGUACAAUGACACAUAAAAACAAAUAAAACAAUCAAAGUAAUGAUCAUAAAUGUUCUUCCUUGAGCUGCGUCACCCCACAGCAGUCCGUAAAGGACUGGUCCGAGGUCUCGCUACAAACAAGCGGCUGCUGGAAGAGAGUAGGUGAGUUGUGUUUAGUCUCUUUGCUAAAGAAAUUAGGCAAAGCUAAAAAGAUGUUUGGUGGCUAGUACUAUGGCUGGGACUCUAUAUGUACCGUUGAUGAAGUUAGGUGCUGUUCUGAGCAUUAUUUGUGGCUAUAGAGUGGCUUUCUGUAUUGCUAUCGUGCGGUCAUUACAAAAGUUAGCAUGACUAGAGAAGUAAGCGGUCGGCAACAUUCAUCUCUUGAGAGGGUGUCUAACUUGGUGUUACGGUGUGUUUGACCCUAACUUAAUUUUACACCGGAAUAUCCCUUUAAGGGAAAUAAAUUCAGUGAUUCUUAAAAAGUUGAGUUCAAAAAGGAAAUCAGUCAAUGUUAAGUUGUUAGCCUUUUUGAGAUUCUGCCCUGAGAAACCAAACUUGUUUGCACUGAGAAUGAAAUUGUCUAAUUAUCCUUGAUGCUUACUGACGCCACACACAGGAGCGUAGGAGACCAUAGUCACCAUCAGGGUUAACCAGAGAUGGUUAUAGGACUCAACUGUGCACAGGUUUAUAGAUUUAAAAACUCCUCACAUUCAGUACUUAAACAUUCAACAAAGGUCCAAGCACAACUUCAAGCAGAACUCAAUCCCAGCUGUGAAAACGAAGGUGUGGACUGAAACCAGCCACAUCCAUCUCCACCUUUUCUUUGGUCUCUGUAUCCCCACCUGCUUUUGUCCACUUCAGUCAGUCCAGACUUUAAGUCAGCAUAGAAAGAUGCAUGGAGUAGCAUAUUAAUUUUUAUAACCUGACCUCAAUACUGAUUCUGUGUAAUGCAAUAUACCGCUGCAUUAUAAAAAUCAUAUGUGCGUCGAAGCAGUUGUUUCCACUUGGGCGUUAUUCUGACAGCAAAACACAAGGGUGCACAAAAUGUUCUUGCAAAAGAAAAAAAACAGGCUUUAUGAGAUCCAGCAGAGGAACUCAGUUUUGGAGAGUGCACGGGGUUAUUUAAGGGCUUUUCUGUAUGGGCUGACCACCAGAUUCUAACAUUCGUGUCACGUACAGACUGUAGGCUGGAAAAGAUGAUGAUGUUUGUUUUCCAGAGUCACUGAUGUGGAUAAAAAAAUGACAAUAAAACUUAAACGCUGUUUUGUAAUUUAAUAGGAGUGUAGGUUUUUCCAAUACAAUCAUUGUAGUUUUGUGUUUCUACAUACUUUAAGCUCCAAAGCGAUCCAGAGUUUUGUUAAACCCGCUGCAUUUUUCUGUCACCUUUAUGAGUAAAAUAUGUUUAUUUCUUCUCUAUCGAGUCUAAUCAAUCAUCUGUUGGAUGAGGCACUGACUAUGAGAUAACACCAACUCUGCUUGCUUCCUGUUGUGAUUUUAUUUUCUUCACCAGCUGCCAGUCAGCCUCAGUGUCUGGCUGCAGUUUCUGAAAUCACAUCACUAGAGACAUUCUACCCGAGUCACAUGUGACUAAAACCAGCAUGGAGAGAAUACUCUCACAUGUUAUUGUGGAAAGUCUGACUUUUAUUUUUCUCUCAAAAAAGAAAAGAAGAUGCAGAGAGGAAUUUUUUUACAGGUCUCAAGUGUCAAAUUUUCACUCAACGGGGCUGACACGGCUUAUUUCCUAUGUGCUUGGGUUCAAGGAAACAGGACAUCGUACAUCUGUCUCUAGGUGGACAUGUUGUCCUGACCAAACGCUGGUUUAGUCAUCAAGAAUACUCAAAGGAGAUGUUUGACUCUACCUGUUUUUCAAUUUUUUAGUCACAGAAAGUUAAAUCAUGGGUUGAACUGAAGAAACCCUCUGUUAUGUUUGUCUGAUUUAUGUGUUUUCUUACAGGUAUUGGGCCGGUCCACAUGAACGAGGUGGAGUGUUCUGGCUUUGAAAAAUCUCUGACAGAGUGUUACUUCAACCGUGAAGCUCUUGGCUGCAGCCAUGAGGAAGAUGCAGCAGUCAGGUGUAAUGUUCCUGCUAUGGGCUUCAACAAAAGAGUGAGUACUUCUGUUUACCUGAGAGACAUAAAAAAGACCUUUCACAAAGAGGUAGCUCACAUCUGUGGUUUUCCUUCCUUAGCUUCGGUUAAAUGGCGGCCGUAAUCCCUAUGAGGGCCGAGUGGAGGUUCUGACUGAGAGGAACGGCUCUCUGGUGUGGGGGACAGUGUGCAGUACCAGUUGGGGGACCAUGGAGGCCAUGGUAGUGUGCAGGCAGCUUGGCUUGGGCUUUGCCAGCCAUGCUUUUCAAGUAAGUUCUCUGACAUAAAUGUCGACAGCCUCUGCCACCACUGAACGAAUGCUGUGUAAAUGGGUGGAUGCGGCACGCAAUGUAAAAAUGCUGUGAGGGGUCAGAAGACUAGAAGAAGCACUAUAUAAAUACAAUCUGUUUUACCAUUUAUGGUACGGAGGAAAGGGGAUGGAUUUGCUCUUUAACCACACCUUUAAUGCUAUCAUCCUUAUUUAGUGAAGUGCAGGAGAUAAAAUGCAGGUUGCAUACAUGCAUGAUUAGAAGUAGAUAAAGCUGUUUUACCCAUUUUACUCUGUGUGUGUGUGAAGCGGUGGAUGCCAUAAACUCUCACUCUUACAAGCUUGAACUUUAUUGAUCCUUGAGGGCAAAGAAAAGACAGUGACAGUCUUGGAAACAUCAAAAACACCCAGUUGAGAGGGUCAGCUAUGUUCAACCUAUGACACAGAUGAGUUUUACAGUCCUCAGCAGGAGUGAUGGGGAAGCCUCCUCUGCUGUUUGAAGUUUUAUUUUGGAGUCUUAUCCUGCUAAAGCCCAGCAGGACUUAACAGCGUCACAGUCUAACAGUGCUGACGGUUACUUUCUGCAUUUUUAAAGGAGACCCCAGAGCUCCCUUUGAGUCAUGAGGUGACAGGCUGGUAAAAUUGAUGCAGUUAAAGUCCCCCGCCUCCUCCUAUGUGCAGAAACCAGUGGGGUAAUUAUGGUUGAUAGGUGAUGAUAUAGGCCUGGAAAAUAUUUGUGAAUCAUGACAACAGCAGGAGGUUUUAUGAGUGGAACCUGGACAGGAUCUGUUGGAGGCUGUUUAUCUCACUAUAGUGUGUUAAGAGACAAUUAUGGGCAAUGCUUCUUUAAUAUAGCAACAGGCAAACAUGUCAUUAUGUGUUUGUAGUCACUGCUGGAGCCCUCAUCUUUUGGUCAACUACAAUCCAGCAUCAUGUUCUCUGACUUACUGUAAAAUAAAAUGUCUGAUGACAUGUAUUUAUUUCCCCUCUCAAAAUAAUAACCUUUUCCAAGUCAAAUAACCAGAGGAUGAUAUCAUAAUAACACAUCCCUUUGACAGCACAUGCCAUAGGUUGCCAUUAUAAGUUCUCAAAUUAACAGCAAGCUUAGGGGUGAUAAAUGUCUGCUCCCUGUUACCACAGCAGAGAAGCAUCGGCCCCUCCGGAGACUCUUUCCUGUCUGACUCUUAAAUACUUCUGCAGGCAAAAUCCACCACCACAUGGAACAAAUGACACAGAGCUCAAGCUAUACCACUGCGUGACUGUCCACCUCAGCCCACCAUCAUGCUCCCACAUCUAUAUCCCUAGCUCAAUCCCUCACUUCCUGGGAAGUUGAUGGAAAGUAUUCUCUCAUUGGUCGUUAUCUGUGGUCAGCAAAAUGUUGUAAUAAGGCUGAGUCAGCAGCACUGUGAGGACAACAGAAUAUCCCCUGCUUGUGUGUGUGUGUGUGUGGGAUGGAUGCUCUGAUUAGAUUUGCCUUGUGGGAAAUCUGGGAUCAAAUGUCUACUUAUUGAAGUCAAGAGGAAAAACGUGGAUAAUAACUAGACCUAAAAAGCUCUGACACAAACUUCCAAAACUGUUUAAGCACGAUAUUUUCAUCUUUUUGUUCCAGUAAACUCUAGUAAACAUAGAUGGACCAAAGACUGUAUAUACAUAUAUAUAUAUAUCGAUAGAUAUCUAUAUUUAUAUGUAUAUGUAUCUAUAUACAGUUUUAGAGAUGGACUGAUGUAUUAAAACUUAAUUGCUUUUUUGUACAACAUAGAGAUAGACAUUGUUAGCAUGGCUUAUUAUUAUUAUUAUUAUUAUUAUUAUUAUUAUUAUUAAGACUAGAAACUUGUAAACCAAUAGCCUGAAAGUGUGAAACAAAAAAAACAAAAAAACAAUUAUGGUGCCAAAUUUCAGCCAUGAACUGUGGCUGCAUUUUUGUACAGAUUGACAAAUGACAUGUCUCAAUAAGUGGUUUUGGCCUCUCUUUUCUGUCAUUAUCUAUAAUCUAAACAGAUGUUGGCUCUAUGUUUUCCAUUAAGACAUUCAAGUGAUAUCAUUCCUCUCGUUUAACUACACUCAACUUGGACUGGCUCACUCGACUACCCCGAAGCCUUGGCUGGUCCUCAUACCUUAGAGGAAAAACUGACAUGACCCGGGAAAACCCCAGAACAACAAAAGUAAUGAAGACAGAAACAGACAGGCCUAGAGGUGUGUGCUGAAGAGAUCGAGGGAUGUAGAUUAGACAGUUGUGAAAGAAAAUGUCUCAGUGAAUGCUGUGACUUUAAAUGUCUGCAUUCACGACAAUGUAUUUGCAAUGUCGCGUCACUUUUUCAGCAGCACUCUCCCGUAAAGUCACUUGUUGAUCUGCUUGGUCUGACUUAUAUCUGUGUUUCUCAUUCAUCAGGAAACUUGGUACUGGGCUGGAGAUCCUUCAGCUGAUGCUAUUGUGAUGAGCGGAGUGAGAUGUUCCGGGACUGAGCUGACACUGGAUCAGUGUCUACAUCAUGGGAAACACAUUGACUGUCCCAAAGGAGGGGGCAAAUUUGCUGCUGGAGUCUCUUGUACUUUAAGUAAGAGAGUAUAUAGAUACUCUUCUUUUGUGGUAUCAUACAACUUAUUUGAGAAUUUGGGGGUUUUCUGAUUCAUGUUGUUCCUAAAUGCCACUUAUUUUCUCUCUCUCCCAGCUGCCCCAGACCUGGUCCUCAGUUCUCAAGCUGUUGAGCAGACCACCUACCUGGAAGACAGGCCCAUGUACGCACUGCAGUGUGCCCAUGAAGAGCGCUGUCUGUCCUUGAGCGCUGACAAAGCCGACUCCACUUCCUACCGCCGCCUCCUUCGCUUCUCUUCACAAAUCCACAACAACGGCCAGUCAGACUUCAGGCCACGAGCUGCACAUCACUCCUGGGUUUGGCACGAGUGUCACAGGUGAGACAUAAUGGUGGUGUUUGUAUUUGCCUCUCUUUUAACAUGUGGACUGUAAAGAAAUCAGAGGUGUUUAUACCCAACACUCCUUUGUAUUACAAUAACUCAAACACUGAUCACUGAUAUUUGACCAGCUGCGACACACUGUCAUUAAAGGGAUAUUCUGGCGUAAAAUUAAUUUAGGGUCAAACAGACUGUAAAACUGAGUUAGACACCCCCUCGAGAGAUGAAUGUUGCUGACCUCUUGCUUCUCUAGUUAUACCAACUUUAGUAACAACUGCACGAUAACAAUACACAGUGGUCUGAGGAGCCAUAUGUAAACCUCAACCAAAACACCACUCUAUAGCCACAAAUAAUGCUCAGAACAGCACCUAACUUCAUCAACGGUACAUAUAGAGUCCCAGCCAUAGUAGUGGCCACCAAACAUCUUUUUUGCUUUGCCUAAUGCUUUAGCAAAGAGACCAAACACAACUCACCUACUCUCUUCCGGCAGCUUGUUUGUAGCGAGACCUCAGGCCAGUCCAUUAUGGACAGCUGCGGGGUGACGCAGGUCAAGGAAGAACAUUUAUGAUCAUUUCUCCCUGGAACUGCAAUCAGACCGAGACGCUAAGGCAGAAGAACUACCGCAUCUGCAGUGCAAAAUGAUUAAUAUGAUGAUUAUUACUUCAAGGAAAUUAUAAAGAAGGGGGUGUCUAACUUGGUGUUACGGUGUGUUUGACCCCAAAUUCAUUUUAUGCCGGAAUAUCCCUUUAAUUGUUAACAUUGUGAUAAUUAACUUGAAACCUUUUUAUGUAGAGGACAAAUAGAUUCACUUUUAUUAAUUAAGUGCUUAUUCCAAACAUGCGACCCUAAGACACUUUAAAAGAGAAGCAGCUUAGACAGUACUGGUUUUUUUUUGGUAGUUUACACAGGCCCACCAUGAGCAAGCCAACAUAUGGCUACUGUGGCAAGGAAAAAACUCCUUUUAAAAGGAAUAAACCACAAGCAGAACCAAGUUCAUUGGGUACGUCCAUCUGCUUUGACUGGGAGGGCUGAAGAGGUUGAACAGAGGGAGAGACAGACAGAGAUGGAAAGAGACAAAAUACAAGGCUACAGCAACAACCGAUUCUGCAGACUCAUUUGUACAAUGUUAAAGGCCAAAUGUGUGUAAAAUCAGCAAUAAUAGAGUGGAAAUGAUGAUUUAAGUAUAGCUGACAAUUAAUACCAUGACAGUUAAGGUCAACAUGUCUGUUAUUAGCAUUUACAACUCUAAUAAAUACAAUAAGGAAAAAAAAAUAGCUGUAAGAGUAAAUACUAGUCUACAGUUGGUGGACUGAACACAGUUCUUCCCUUAUGCUGAAAUUCAGGCUGUGUUGAAAGGUGAUAACAACACUGGUGACAAUAGUGGACUUAUUCUAUCUGACAUAUAUAGUCUGUUUAUUAUAGUUUCAUAUUUAGACCCAGAAGAGUGAGGGUAACAAUCUGCUGAAAAGGAGAUGGAGAAUUCAGUGUUCUGGCUUCUAGUGAAUGAUGUACAGAUUUAGUUUUUUUUUAUGUUUAAACUGAGUUUAAAAAAAAAGUAAUAACAGCCUACUUCCUUCAAAGUUCAUUCACUCCACAGACAUCUAUGUUUUCGCUGCCCUCCUGCAUGUUGCAUGCAUAAGUGUAUGUUAGAAAUUGCGGGGCUGCUAAAAGUAGAAAUAAAUAUAUAGGAUGUUUGACCAUUGUGUGUUUUUUCUAUCCGAUCCAGACAUUACCACAGCAUGGAGGUUUUCACUCACUAUGACCUGCUGAGUCUAAACGGCACCAAAGUAGCAGAGGGACACAAAGCCAGCUUCUGUCUGGAGGACACGCAUUGUGACGAAGGUAAAUAAAGCUGCGUUACUUUUUGCUUCAUUUUUAUAAUAUACUGGGCUUUGUGCAGGGUUCAUCUUACAGAGUUUCUGUCAUACAACUGAAUAAUAACUGAAGCGAUUUUUCAUGUUGACAACAGGUAUCCAGAAAAGGUACGAAUGUGCAAACUUCGGGGCUCAGGGCAUCACAGUAGGCUGCUGGGAUACCUACAGACAUGACAUUGACUGUCAGUGGAUUGACAUCACUGAUGUGAAGCCUGGGGACUACAUCUUCCAGGUAAAAUACUCGGUCUAGACAUAAAAGAUUUAUUCCAUCUGCUGGAAAGACUGUUUCAUCAGCAGCCAGCUCAGCCUUACAGACCAAACAUAUUCCUCGACUUUCCACCUAUCUGCAUCUGCCUCUCUUUGGCUUUUAGCCUGAGUACACUCACAUUGAGACAUGAAUAAGCAAGCAGGGGUUAAGAGAGGACACAACUUAGUAAAGCUGCUACAAAGCUGAAUUUGCUAUCUUCAAGUUAUAAGACAUCCAACAAGAAAAAAACCUUUUGUCUGCUUUCAGAACUUGUAUUCUGUUAGGUCACACUGUUACCCUGGUGCUACAAUCUCAUUCUGUAUUCAGAAUUGUGUGUAUAAAUCUGCUGUUAUAUCAGUAAGUCAUGAAUAAAUAAAGAAUAAGAUGAUGCUUGUUAAUGAUCAACAAAAACUGCUUUUGCUCUUGCAGAUUGUUAUAAACCCAAACUAUGAAGUUGCAGAAUCAGAUUACACCAACAACAUAAUGAAGUGCCGCUCCCGGUACGAUGGCCAGAGGAUAUGGACGUACAACUGUCAUAUAGGUAAGAGUUUAACCUUGCAAAGAUCAACAUCUCCUCAACAUGAACCAGACUAUGUUUGAUCUCAUUCAUGCUAAAGAUAGGUUUGUUUAUUUAUUGAACCUUUAUUUAACUGGGAAAAAAACUCAAUGAGGUGGAAAGUUACUGUCAUAAGUCUCAUCUCUUUUAAGGAGUAUCCUGCUCGAGAAAGGCAGCAUAAUAAUCAACAUUUGAAUAAAAACAAGAGCAUUUUAACAGUUUAAUGAUAGAGUUCAUCUUGAACAGUGAACACUGAUCUCACUAGACUGUAAAGUAUUUCUGAUUAUCUACAGUUAUUAGUAACCUUUUGUUUACCACCAACACUUCAAAAAUGGUCAUACUAUUUACUAGGUAAAAGUAGACGGUUAAAGAUAAGAGAUAAGAAUUUUAUUGAUCCUGAAGGGAAACUGAACUGUCAGUUGUCUUGUGUCAUCUACUAUUUACAGAAGAAUUAAACAGUCUGAUGGCUGUGGGUACAAAAAUCUGUUUACUAAUAAAAAAAAAAAGUACUAUGAACUAUUGACAAAGGUUUGGCUCACCAGGUCAGUAUCCUAAUUACCCUACAGCAUAACUGGCUGCAGUGAUGUGUAUAUUUAAAUUUUACAGCAUUAACUCAAUGACAAAAGUAAAGAAUAACAUUUUCAUUGGACAGUUCCAUAUUGAAUGCUUUAAUCAGUCCUCCCUGAAAAUCCUCGAUGAAUGCAGAUAAAUGUACGACAACAGAAAUAACACAAAGCUAUCAUUUCAGGAAAAUAUCCUAUGUCUAACAAACACAAUGCUCUGCAUGUUAACUCAGUACAAACUUAGUAAAUCCCAUCUAUGAGCAAUCUUCCUUCACAGAGGUAAGAUAUGUGUUGACAGGAGUUAGUCAAUGACAGUGACAGAAAAUGACUGAGCAGUAACACUGAGUUAGACUCCAUGAGGACAAAUUUGACUUAAUUAAAAACUUAUGAAACCUUCAAGUUCCAUUUAAUGUGGAGAAAGAAAAACUGAACACUUUGCCUCAAAAAGCAUCCAUGACAAUUAAACUUUGUGUUAGACAAAUGCAUUUAAAAAAUAACAUCAGUUUUUAACAAAAACGGGAAAAAAAGAUCUUUCUUAUCCAGUAAGACAACACUGUCUUUUAAAUCACUAUCUUUUCUUAGAUACACUUUGUUAUCUUUGCCACAGAUCAGAUUCACUCAAUUUACAUUUAUAAGUUUAAGUUUUGUACUGCCCGUAAAAAACAAGUUGUGACAACAACACACAAAGUAUUGAACAUCUGCAACCAAAUCCUGAGAGUCCUUCGAGUAAGAUGAAACCAAAAACCAGUUUGUAGGGUCUUAGUGGCAUCUAGUGGUGAUGUUGCAAAUGGCAACCACUUCCCUCAUACCGCGGCAGCUAACUAAAGACUCUACUGAGCUUGAAUUUGUUUUGUCCCUUUUGAGCGUUUAAGAGACUUAAUGCCCUUUAGUGCAAAAGAUGGUCUCUAUUCAAGAGGACUCAAAAGGGCUUAUUUGAAGAUAAGAGGUUCUAGGUUAGUGCUGUGGCACAAUGACAUGCUCAUGUUAAGAGGCUACAGUUUAAUACUAGCAAUGUAGUUUCAAUUACUAUCUGCAGCCAUGGCGCUCCAAACUCUCUCUUCCAGCCUCCGACUCUACCCACCGUCCUGUCCUCUCAAUAAAGGCCUACAAGCCCCAAACUGAAUGAAACAAAAACAAAGCAGAUUUCAGUUACCCAUCCCGCUUAACCUUUGCAAGGAGAAACUUCCUGCCUUGAAACACCUUUCAACAACAUGUAAUCGAACACUUCUGUGGGGCUAUCACAUCAUGUGGCAUCAGCCUGGAACUUUCACUUCCUCCACCGUACAACACUGGUGCAUCGUUGUUUUAUAAUCACUGAAUUGAACAUGAAACUGCGGUCAUUUUCUACGACGUAACAGCAACUUUGAUUCUGCGUUCAGCUCAAGGGAACCCUAGCAGGGUUGAUGUUGCUUAUCCACAGCAGUCACUCUCUUCAGACUUUGCCUUGACCGCCCAUCUCUUUGAACUGAUCAGUACAGCAGGAGAACAGGACUGGGUGGAGAACUUCUACUUGUAGUCCAAGAUGGCCAGUGUGCUGAAGCAGACCUCUGCCAGACCUCUGUGUUAAAAAAAUUGAAUAAAUACACAUUAAGAAUACACUUUUUUUUUUGUUAGAGGAUAGAUGUGCUUCAAAGUUAGUCAGUGACAGAAAAUGGAAUUGUAGUUCUGCUGUCUCUGGUCACUUCAUUUUCUCUCUUGUCAUUACUUCACAGGUGGCACACUGGGCACAGACAUAGAUGAAAUGUUCCCUGGGUUGCUGACCAACCAGAUUUCCCACAGGUAGACCACCAAUGGACAACACAGACAUACGAAUAUGAAUAUUUGACAACCACUAGAGGAGCAGAGCUUGAUUGCUGUUGGGCUCAGGACUCAACAAGUACAAAGGGCAAAGACUCAAGGGGAGGAAAAACUACUCGCUUACUCAAUUUGUUGCCCACAUUCAAGUGUUCUUAUUUUUUUAAUGCCUUGUUGCCUUUGUUUAAGUGAAAUGAAGGUUUUGACCUGGUGCUUUUUAGGAGAGAUGUUUCAGCAAGUUGCAGUCGAAUAACUUAUUAAAUAAAACGCUUUAGCAGUUGUCUUUCCUACCAAAGUUUUCAGAGUUUGUUGACAGCCUAAAAUCAAAAACCAUUAGAUGAGACCCAUACACUUAUGUGGAUUUCCUUUGGAGGACUGAACAUAGUUUGCUGCUAAAUCUGGUGCUACGAUGAAAUUUUGCACUUUGCGUGUUUCAUGUUACAGGAAACAGAGGCAGUACGUUUUUGUGAUUACUGUAACGAACCCUUUCACAAGAUUCUGUAAGUGACAAGAAUGAAAAAUCUUGACAUACGACUAAAACUGAAACUUAGAGUAAUAGAAGUUGGAUUGACUUGUACAUUGUUAGUCAGGGUGCCUCUAAAGAUGACUGCAUUACAUUUUGUUUAUCUAUGAUAACAGCGAAUGGAUUUGUUCCAUUUUGAAAUGUUCAGCCAAAAACUGUCAGCAUGAAGCUGUGGGGGAAAAGUGCCUUUGUUUCCAGGAUUUUGCAUUUUUCAUACUUGAGCUUCAUCUUUUAUUUAUUAAUAUUUUCUUCUUGGUUCCAUCAUAAGACAUUUUGUAUCAUCAUGUUAUGUGCAUCCCCUAAGCUCGUCUCUUGUUGUUCAAGUUUUGUUACAUCAUUACCAUCAGGGACUAUGAUUACAUUGUGGAUGUUGUGUAAAAGCCACAAAUGUAUGUGAAAAUGCCUUCUUUUUGUUGUGUAAAUUAGUUUUUUUAAUGUAGCAAGAUCAAGAAUCCUUCAUUUUAAAAGGGUACUUGUUGCCUGCUGCCUUACUGUUUUUAUUUUGUAUGCAUGGGUGAAUGUGGAAAAUAAUGCAUUUUUUGAAAUAAAAAAAUGGUCAAAGCAGGAA